GGAGAUGGGGAUUUUCUGCACUUCUGUGAAACACAGAAAGCUGCACUACAACAUGACAAUCCUGCCGCUCUUCUGGCUCCUGUUCUUUUGCAGGAAAACUGUGGCACAGAGUGGAACGUACCUGAUCACUGCACCCAAAAUCCUACGACUGGAUGCAACUGAGAGAGUGGUCGUGCAGCUCUUCGGCUAUGAGGAGAGUGUGACCUUCACUGUGUCCCUCAAGAGCUACCCAGAUAAGCGGGAGACAUACUCCACCCAGUCUGUGACACUCACAGCAGAAAACCGCCACCAAGAUGCUGUCACACUGAGGCUGUUACCUGAGAGUUUCCCAAAGGAAGCUCGGCACGUCUUCCUGGAGGCACAUUCCAGGGACUUCACAAAGGACGAGAAGCUGGGCGUGACCCGUGAAAACGGCUUCAUGUUCAUCCAGACAGACAAGCCGCUGUAUAACCCUGAGCAGACAGUGAAGGUGCGAGUGUUUUCUCUCAAUGAGGAACUGAAGCCAGCACUGAGGCCUGUCACUCUCACGUUUUCGGAUCCGGAGGCAGUUAAAGUGGACAUCGUGCAGAUGAGAGAUGUCAGUGGUAUUCUCUCAAUGCCAGCCCCCUUUAAGAUCCCCCUAAAACCAAAAUUUGGUGUCUGGAGGAUUGAGGCCACUUAUACAGAUGACUUCAGUACACGGGCGUCAGCUGAAUUUGAGGUUAAGGAAUAUGUUUUACCUAGCAUAUCUGUGCUAAUUCAACCAGAACUCAACUACAUCUCUGCUGCCAACUUUGAAUCAUUUAAGCUGACAGUAACAGCCAGGUACAACCACGGGUCUCCAGUCUCUGCUGCAAACGUGUUCCUGAGAUAUGGCUACAUCGAUGGACCCAACACGAUCUUGUUGCCGCACACCAUCACAAGAGAAGUGUUGACUGAUGGGACAUUAGAAGUGUUAUUCAACACCAAAGAAGCAUUGGAACAACAGGACAGCGAUGGGCCCAGAACCCUGCAAGACAUGAAUGGGAAGUUUCUGUAUGUGGUCAUCACAGUACAGGAGACUGAUGGUGGAAUUUCUCAGGAGGCAGAGUUGGCUUCUGUUAAAUUCCUACAGUCACCUUUCACCCUGAGUCUGAUUGCAACACCACCAUUCAUCAAGCCUGGACUGCCGUACUUUUUAAAGGUUCUUGUGACGGAUCCUCUGGGGAAGCCAGUAGGUGGGGUAGCAGUGAAAGUACGUGUUUUGAUGACCAAAAAUGAUGGAGAAGAGGGCCUGUUGAAAAACUCCGGAAGGCAAGAGGGUCAUGGGCAGACGAGGAACAAAGAUGGCACCACAAACUUUGUUUACAAUAUACCCUCUGACUGCAAAUCUGCUGUUUUUACUCUGGAGACUGCUGACCAGAAUCUGCCUCCCAACAACCAGGCUGUAUUAAGACAUGAAACUGUAGCCUAUCAUUCUAUCAACAAGCGCUAUCUUUACAUUGACUGGGCUUCUCACUAUCAGGAGUUGACCGUGGGAGACUGGGCCAGCAUUAAUAUCUACUUCCAGCAUUAUAGCAAUAUCCCACUCGAAUCCUUCAGCUACCAGGUUAUUUCUAAGGGAAAGAUUGUGAAGUUCGAUACUGUUCCUCGUCACACUGGAACCACCUUCCAGCCCAUCAACUUUAAGGUGAUGUCGGACAUGGUUCCUUCUGCCCGGCUGCUGGUCUAUUACAUCAUGACUGGGGAAACCACGGCUGAGCUUGUAGCAGACUCCGUGUGGAUGGGAGUGAAAGAUAAAUGUAUCAAUGAUCUCCAGGUGAAGCUCUCAGCUCCUCUACGGGAAUACAGUCCCCAGGAUAACCUUGAUCUGCAGGUGGAGGCGAGAUUUAACUCCCUCGUAGCGCUGUCCUCAGUUGACACCGCUGUCUACAAUCUCAGAGCUCCCAGUAAAGACCCUCUGGCCACGGUGAGGUUCUCAUCAUCCUGUCCCACCCACUGCAGAUCAUUUAAGCGGGGGCCAGUUAAGUCAUAUAAAGAAGAAAAGCGGAAAUGCUGCAUGCUGGGAAUGACAAGCAGUCCCUUCCUGGACACCUGCAAGUCCCGGGCUGAUCGGCUCAGAAACAAGUACAACGAGCAAACAUGCAAGGAGAUCUUCAUAGAUUGCUGCGAGUUUCGCAUUAAACUUCAGAGAACACAGGCCAACGAUCAGAUUCUUGCACGUAUGGAGGUCGAAGUUUACCUGGGAUGGGUCACCUCACGAGUGCGGACUUACUUCCCAGAGAGCUGGCUCUGGGAGACUCAUCGCAUCACUGAUAGGUCAGGGCUGAUUACCUUGAACAGAAAGUUACCAGACUCUCUCACCACCUGGGAGAUGAGAGCUGUGGGGAUGUUCAGUGAUGGAAUAUGUGUGUCAGAUCCACUGAGGGUUCAGGUGACCCAGCAAGUGAGCCUGGACGUACCUCUGCCUUAUUCUAUGGUCCGUGGGGAGCAUUUGGAGCUGCUUGGUUCUGUCUAUAACCAACUUAGUAAAGAUUCAUGGUAUUGCGUGACACUCGCAGCACCCAAGGAGAUUUGCCUGGUUCACGGUGUGCCAGUGGGGCAGGACGGGGCACAAAGGACACCAUGCAACAAGAAAGACCUGAAGAGUACCUCUGUCAGCAGGGUUUCCUUCACUCUCAUGGCUCUGGAGGCGGGGUCUCACUCACUUAAAUUUACUCUACAGAGUCCUCUAGGCUCCGAAACUGUAAUCAAGACCCUCCGUGUGGUGCCUGAGGGCAUCAAGACCGAACUGAACAUCGCAGGAACCCUGGAUCCACAGGCUGUCUACGGGACUUUGAGAAAGAGGCUGGAAUUCAAGAACAGUGCCCCUGCCAAGCUGGUACCGAAGUCCAACGUGGAGCGUGUUCUUACCAUCAGCGGCGAGCUCUUUGGAGAGGUGCUGGCCUUUGUGAAUGAUCCGAAUGGUCUGCACCAGCUGACUGGCUUGCCACGUGGUUCUGCUGAAGCGGAGAUUAUGAGCAUCCUCCCUGUCUAUUAUGUCUUCCAAUUCCUGGAGCAGACAGACAGGUGGGAGCUGCUGGGUCAUGACAAAGCCAAAAGCCGUAUGGAGCUCAAGCAGAAGCUGAGAGAAGGGGUCACCAGCCUCAUGUCCUUCAAGAAAAAAAAUGAGAAUGGCUACAGCAUGUGGAAAGACAGAGAAGCCAGUACAUGGUUGACUGCUCUAGUGUUGAAGACUCUUGGACAGGUGAACAAACACGUUGCUGUGGACGAGAAGUCAUUUUGCAAUUCCGUCUUUUGGCUGACGUCUACCUGUCAGAAUAGGGAUGGCUCCUUCAAAGAGCUUUCUGACUACAAGCCAGUUAAACUCAUGGGUGCAGGAGCAAUGGUGCAGGAGCAGACUGCCUUCAUCACCUCCUUUGCCAUCAUUGGUAUCAAGACUGCAAUGACAGUCCCAGCAUGCAACUUGAUGGAAUUUAAGAAUGCCCUAGGAUAUGCCGCAACAUACCUGUCUGACAAUUUCCAGUCUCUGAAGAGUUUGUAUGUGCGAGCGGUCACCGCUUAUGCCUUGGCCUUGGUGGACCAGGGCAGCAUGCCUGCGCGUGAACUGUAUGAGAGACUGCAGAAUUAUGCCCAAGUCAAAGGAAAUCCUCCUCUGAUUCGCUUCUGGCAGGAGGAAAAGGAGCCUCUCAACCCUUCGACGCCCAAUAGGAUCUCCACACAGUCAGUGGAGACCACGGUCUAUGUCCUGCUCACUGCAAUGCUCUAUGGGGAUAAAGAAUAUGCCGCCCCCAUUCUCAGGUGGCUGACCCAGGACCAGCGCUAUGGAGGAGGAUUACAUUCAACACAGGACACCAUUCUUACUCUGGAGGCCUUGAAAGAAUACAGCCAACUAGUCCAGCAUUCCAAGCUUGAAAUGGAGAUCCGUGCCAGCUACAGAAAUAAGGGAGAUUUGGACAUUUUAAGGCUCUCAGAGAAUCACCAUGUGAGCAGAUCAAUACAGGUUGAGCAAACAGAUGAUGUCAUCCUAACCACGGGAAGUAGUACUGGAGUAUCAGUUGCAAAUUUGAAAACUGUAUACUACAGUAUGGCAGAGUCUAAUGACAACUGUCACUUUGAUCUGACCAUUGAAAUUCAGCCCGCUGUUCAGGACUCCACAGAUAUUAUGUUCUUGUUACCCCGCCUUAUUGCUUGUGCCAAGUACAAGCCUCUGGAGAAUGAAGUGUUUAUGGAGUCAGCACACACUAUCAUGGAGAUCCAUUUGCCUACAGGUAUCCAGCCCCUACAGGAGGACCUGGAUAUGAUGCAGAAUUCACUAGAUUCUCUAGUGUCCCAUUAUGAAAUGAAGGGAGACCAGGUCAUUCUCCAGCUGGACUCUAUUCCUUCAGCAGCAUUCCUGUGUGUGGGAUUUCGGAUACAAGAACUGUUCCGCACUGGCAUGACAAGCUCCUCCCUAUUUAAAGUGUAUGAGUACCGAGACCCAGACAGCCAGUGUUCCAAGCUUUACUACCCACAUGUGGAGCGUAGAUUUCUGAGACUGUGUGAUGGGGACGAGUGCCAGUGCAUGGCAGCUGAAUGCAGCAACUUCAAAGGCAGCAUGGAUCUCACCAUCACUGCCCAAAUGCGAUUAGAUGCAGCUUGCGAAGACAAAAUAAAAUAUGCCUUUAAAGUGAAAAUUGAGUCCUCAUCGGAAGAAGGUGAUUUUGUGAAUUAUGUUGCCAAAAUAGAAGACAUUUUUAAAAAGGGUACUGAACAUGUGCAGAGAAACAGUGAGGUAACGUUUGUGAAGAAGGCAACAUGCACGGAUGUGAACCUGCAAGAAGGGAAUUAUUAUCUAAUCAUGGGGGCCGAGGGAAUGGAGAGAGUGGUCAGGCGGAUAUAUCAGUACAAGUUCCCCCUUGACUCCCAGGCAUGGGUAGAGCGGUGGCCUUCAAGUGACUGCGAGGACAUCUCCUGCUCCAGUUUCCUGAAUACCCUGGAGGACUUUUCAGAGACCUUCCUUAUCAUGGGCUGCCCAUGACUUGUAAUGAACACCCUGUGUCAG